AUGGUGAAUAGGUUAAAACCUAUCCUGAUGAAGAUCAUUCCUCCUGAACAGCAUGGAUUCACCUCGGGCCGUGAAAUCAUGGAUAGCAUAAUCAUGGUAGCAAAAACUAUUCAUUCUAUGCAUACUUCCAAAUUCAAAGGUAUGAUUAUUAAAUUAGAUGUGACCAAGGCUUAUGAUCGAGUUACGUGGAGCUUCCUAAUUGAGGUACUUAGGAAAUUUGGUUUUGAUAAAAGAUGGUUGAAAUGUAUUGAACAUUGUAUUUCAUCUGUAAAUUUUUCCAUUAUUGUUAAUGGUUCUGUGAGCAGUUUUUUCCAAGCUACUAAUGGGCUUCGGCAAGGAGACCCCCUGUUGCCCUUUUUGUUUGUACUUAUGGCAGAAGUGCUUUGUAGGCAUAUAAUGGGCGAGGCCAUUGGAAAGGCAGGACAGAUACAGAUGAUAAAAUCUGUUUUGUCUGUAGUUCCUGUCUAUUACAUGUCUUGCUAUAGAUUGUCUUGCAAGGCUUCAUCGGCAUUAGAUGAAAUGCUCAAAAAUUUUAUUUGGGAAGGUUCGAAAGAGGAAAAAAAGAUUCUUUUAAUCAAUUGGGAUACUGCCUACAUGCUAAAGGAGGAAGGUGGGGCUGGUCUUAGGAAAAUGAAUUUACAGAACUUGGCACUUGGUGCCAAACUUGCUUGGAAAAUGUAUAAUUUACCCCAUAAAGGCUGGUGCAAGUUGAUGGCUACCAAAUAUUUGGACUCGAAUGAGCCAGAGAGAAUAUUUACAGUGGCCAACACAGUUGGAGGUUCAAAAAUAUGGAAAUUCAUUUGGGAAAGCAGGAAGAUCUUAACAUAUCAUCUCACAUGGAGGAUUGGUAAUGGGCUCAAAGAAAAGUUUUGGAGGGAUUCUUGGAAUGGAGAGGAAGCAUUAGCAGAUGUGAUUGAGGAUGAAGAAUGGAUCAAUCAAAUUGAGGCAGUUAUGGGAGUUUAUGUGGCAGAUUAUGUUGAUAUGAAUUGUUCUCCAAAUUCUCCUAUUUCGUGGAAACGGGUUGGAGAUUGGCAUAGCCAUAAUAGUUUGAAGUUGGCUGAAAUACUUAAAAGCAGGAAGACUUACAUUUUGAAUGAAAACGAUUCUCUUGUUUGGAAUGCUACCAAAUUAGGUAAAUAUAAGAGCAGUAGUCACUAUCAAGGUGCUAAAUCAGUUGAACGAAAGAAAGUCAAGUGGACACCUCCCCCACCCAGAUGGAAAAAACUAAAUUUUGAUGGAGCUAGUCGAGGAAAUCAUAGAUUAUCUGGGUUUGGUGCGGUAGUUAGAGAUGAGAAGGGUAGCCUAGUAGGGGCAAUAUGUGGACUUGUCAGAAUUGCUACUAAUAACGUAGCGGAAAUCACUGGUUUAGAGGAAGAUUGUUUGCUUCAAAAGUUGACAGAUUAUCAUUUUCACCACAUUCUCCGCGAGGGCAAUCACGUGGCGGAUUUUCUUACCAACCAAGGCAUUGCUGAGACUCUGCCAACAGUCAUGUCAAUGGCAGAUGCAGGGAACAGAGAUUUUCAAAAUAUCUUGAAUGAUGAUAGAGCUCAUAUCUCAAGGACGGGUAUAGGAAAGGAUCAAAUUGGUCUUAGCAAGCAUUUCUCAGAAGCUAAAAUGGUGUAUCAUUUCGACCUUAGUUGUCUUUGCCACGAGGAGACUUUGGAAGAUCGGUGUGAACGACUCUUUGAUAUUGAUACAGAAGGCCAAAUUGCCAUUCAAGGUUUGCUAGAGGAUGCGUUCAGUGAGGACAGGCACUGGUGUGAUGGGUAUAUUUAUGAAAUUAUUCUGUGCUUAAUGGUUGAUGUGUUGCCAUCGAAGGAGGCAUGUGUUUAG